UCCAUUGUGUCUGAUGGAUCUCAGGCUUGCCUCAUUGAUACUCGGGACACUGCUGAUUCUCGUGACCUCUGGGCCACGGCCAUCCAUUGGACAGAAGGUUUACACCAACACAUGGGCCGUCCACAUCACAGGGGGAGAGCAGGAAGCUAACCGGAUCGCUAGAAAGCAUGGCUUUGUAAACCACGGGAAGGUAUUUGGAGAUUAUUAUCACUUCAGGCACCGCAGGGUGGCGAAGAGGUCUUUAUCAGAGCACAGAGGAACACACAUUCAUCUGCACACAGAACCUCAGGUAAUGUGGGCGGAACAGCAGGUGGUGAAACAAAGAAAGAAGAGGGAUAUUUACUAUGAGCCGGCCGAUCCGAAGUUUGCACAGCAGUGGUACUUGUACAAUGAAGAUCGUCGUGACCUCAAUGUGAAGGAAGCCUGGAAGCAGGGUUUCACUGGACAAGGCGUCGUCGUGUCCAUAUUGGAUGAUGGAAUUGAAAAAAAACACCCAGAUCUGAUUCAGAACUAUGAUCCAGAUGCUAGCUAUGAUGUCAAUGAUGGCGACCCAGACCCUCAACCUCGAUACACCCAACUCAAUGAUAACAGACAUGGGACACGUUGUGCUGGAGAGGUUGCUGCUGUUGCCAACAAUGGCAUCUGUGGUGUCGGAGUGGCCUAUAAUGCAAAGAUCGGAGGUGUGCGCAUGUUGGAUGGAGAGGUCACUGAUGUGGUGGAAGCUCAGUCCCUCAGUCUCAACCCACAGCACAUCGACAUCUACAGCGCCAGCUGGGGACCCGAAGACGACGGCAAAACGGUGGACGGACCUGCAAAGCUGGCCAAAGAGGCUUUCCUACGCGGCGUAAUGGAGGGCCGCGGAGGACGGGGCUCCAUCUUUGUGUGGGCUUCGGGGAAUGGCGGCCGAGAGAAGGACAGCUGCAACUGCGACGGCUACACCAAUAGCAUCUACACGCUGUCGAUCAGCAGCAGCACGCAGAACGGCAACGUGCCCUGGUACAGCGAGGCCUGUUCGUCCACCCUCGCCACAACCUACAGCAGUGGAGGCCUCAAUGAGAAACAGAUUGUCACUACAGACCUCAGGCAGAAGUGCACAGACUCCCACACAGGCACUUCUGCCUCGGCCCCUCUGGCGGCAGGAAUAAUCGCCCUCGCCCUUGAGGCCAAUAAAAACUUGACCUGGAGAGACAUGCAGCAUCUGGUUGUGAGGACGUCCAACCCUGCCCACCUCACCACCAAUGACUGGAAGACAAAUGGAGUGGGUCGCAGAGUCAGCCAUUCUUAUGGAUAUGGUCUGCUGGAUGCUGGGGCCAUAGUGGCUCUGGCAAAGAACUGGACGAAUGUUGGACCUCAGCGGAAAUGUGUCCUUUCCCUGGUGUCUGAGCCCAGGAACAUUGGGAGUCAUUUGGUGAUCAACAAGAGUGUGGAUGCAUGUGCUGGGACGGACACCUUUGUGAGCUCAUUAGAACAUGCUCAAGCCCAGCUCACCCUGUCCUACAACCGCAGAGGAAACCUGGCCAUCUACCUGAUCAGCCCACAGGGCACCCGCUCCACACUGCUUGCACCCAGACCUCACGAUUACUCCUCUGAUGGCUUCAGUGACUGGGCUUUCAUGACCACCCACUCCUGGGAUGAGGACCCUCGUGGAGAAUGGUCGUUGGAGAUCGAGAACGUGGCUGGGAUCAGUGACUAUGGCACUCUGACUCAGUUCACGUUGGUUCUCUAUGGCUCAGCUUCUAGUUUAUCCGGCUCUUCAGCAGCAGACUCCAGCAGCUGCAAAACAUACGACCUCAAUCAGAUCUGCACAGAGUGCAACCCCGGCUUCUACUUGUACCAGACAGGCUGCGUGAGAGACUGUCCAGGAGGUUUCACCGCAGGCACCCGUUCCACCUUCCUCCCCAACAACGAGGUGAUGUCCGUCCUCCGUCCCGCCUGCCUGCCCUGUCACCCCGUCUGCCUCACCUGCAGCAGCACGGGCCCUCAGAACUGCCUCUCCUGCCCACCUAACAGGCACCUGGACGCCGUCACUGGCACCUGUCUGCACCUGAACCAGAUCCAUCGGGAGUCUCCAGACGGCAGACUGUUUCAGAUGCAAGGUGGCGACUCGUCCGUCAAACUCCAUGCAGAGCUCACCUCUCGCCUGCCUGUGACCGUGGCUGUGCUCAGCUGUGCCUUCAUCGUGGCUACGUUUGUGGCCGUGUUCGGCAUCCUGCAGAUGCACACGCGCAUGCAGAACAAACUGCUCUCUGCUGAAGCAGGGCCGGGAUCCGGCUCACUGGUCGGGUUCGGUUUCAACCGCACCGCAGUUGCCUACAAGGGCAUCCCGAGCGUUUGGCGGGAGGACGAAGGCAAUUCCGAGUCUGAAAACGAGGAAUUCGAGAUCCGCAACGAGAGGACUGCCUUCAUCAAAACACAAAGUGCUCUUUAACCCCUUCUUACCCAUGUUCCUCCCCUCUCUAGCCUCUACUGCACUGUUGUCUCUUUUAUUAGUGUGAUUUCCUUCUGGGGUUCGUCUGAGCAUAUCUCACUUCUGGGGGUUUUGUUUUUGGCACCUGUCGUAGUUAUAUGAGCCAUGAUUCACCUGGGCGUUGACCUCUCGGUGCCUCAACAUGGAAGGCUUCCAAUCACAAGUGACGGGGAUGAGUCGAUUGUUGCAGGUCCAUCCUGAAUUUACAAUAAACAUGAUUAUUGUUUGGUCUCUUCCUCUUGCCUAGUGAGAUUUUAAGAAAAAACGAUUUAUUUGCAUAUGAGAAAAACCGAGCUUUUCUUUGAGUGGAU